AUGAGCUUCACUCCGCGCUACGGAUCUUCCGUGACGAGAGAUUAUACGUUACUACAAGGUCACCCAAGCUCUUAUCAGCAUUUCGGCGCACUCGAAUCGAGUCAGCCUCGCCAUCCACACAGUACGCUCACAACACGAGCGUCCGACGAAGAUGAUGGCCACAGCGCACAUCGGGAUCGAGAUCACGACCGCGACGACAAUCAUGCUAUAGCUUCGGCAUCGGCCUCUUCCAUCCAUACCGAUGACUCCACCCACAACGAUCUCAGCAGUAUUUCGCUGCCUCCCCAUCAAAUUGCUGUUUCUACUUCGCCCGCUUUUGGCCGUACCAAUCGAUUAGCAACCGCUCCCGUUGUAUCACCCCGCAACCGCCGUCCCAGUGUCAAUGCGUAUUCACAAGUGGUCGGCAUCCCGUCCGAAUAUCUGCUCGGAGGUACUACUGCCGCUCCAUUGACACAUCAUCCUACAGGAGCCUCCAACAUCACACUUGGUGCAUCCGCCGUGUCCACAUUAGCUCCCCCCCAAAAGCCAACCAGAAGAUCCCAGGAAGACCAAGGGGCGGAUGCCACAGAGACGACUGCGCUGCUGGGCGGUCGCCCUCUAGCACAACCUGAUACCAAUAGCUCUUACAGAGCUGGUACGGCUGCAGCAUCGUACGGCGGCGUGCGUCGCUCGUCGGUCGAUUGUGCCAGUAUCGUUAGCGGAGGAGCUGGCGCUUCAGGCUUUAGUGGAUGGGCCGCUGCCAAUCUGAUUCGAGAAGCUCCUCUUCCCGGCGUCGAGCAGAUCGAAUCGAUUGCACGCGAGCCACACGACCAUAUCGCGUGGAGGGAGGCUAGGGUACUAAUUGGCUACACGAUCCCCAUCUUUGCCACUCACUUGCUGGAACUUUCAUUAUCGGUUGCCUCGGUGUUUUCGCUUGGCCAUCUCGGCACGGUCGAGCUGGCUGCUGCUUCGCUCUCCAGCAUGACUGCCAACGUCUCGGGUUUCAGUGUACUCUCCGGCUUCAUCUCAGCACUGGAUACGCUCCUUCCUUCAGCAUAUACCCAGCAGCCCAAGUCGGUCGGGCUGUGGACGCAGCGCAUGGGCGUCAUUCUCACAGCUAUCCUGCCGCUCAUCCUUGCUGUCUGGCUCAAUGCCGAAGCCAUCCUGGUUAGAAUCGGCCAAGAUCCUGAAGUGGCCUAUCUCGCAGGCCGCUACCUCUCUGUGCUGGCUUACGGUUUGCCCGGUUACGCUCUCUUUGAGGUCUGCCGAAGGUAUCUCCAGGCACAAGGUCUCAUGCAUGCUCCCACCAUCGUCCUCAUGUUUGUCUCGCCGCUCAACGCCAUCGCCAACUAUCUGCUUGUCUGGGGACCCGAAUCGAUUCGGAUUGGCUUCAUCGGUGCUCCGCUCGCAUCGGCGCUGUCCAUGUGGCUUAUGGCUAUUCUUUGCUUCUUACAGUGUGUAGUCGCUCCCCGUGACGCAUGGGAUGGCUUCACCACCGCUGCUUUCAAGUGGGACGGCAUCAAGCCCGUGCUUUUGCUCGGAUUUGCUGGCAUGGUCAGCCUUGCCGCCGAGUGGUGGGCCUGGGAGAUUGUCGGUCUGGUUACUAGCCAGCUCGGUGUUAUUGCACUCGCUGCCCAGUCGGUGCUGCUCGUCAGCUCUUCCGUCACGUAUCAGCUCCCUUUCGGUGCAUCAGUAGCCACAGCCGUUCGUGUUGGCAACCUUCUCGGCGCCAAUAGACCCGAUGAGGCCAAAAUCUCGAGCCGAGUGAGUCUCAUCCUAUCGCUUGCCAUGGGUGGCUUGAAUUCCGCCCUGUUCCUCAUCUUCCGGAAGCAGUGGGGUUGGCUUUUCAGUUCCGACAUCGAGGUCAUCAAGCUCGUCGAACACAUUCUCCCUCUGCUCGCCUUCUUCCAGGUCGCCGACGGAAUCUGCGGCAUUGCGGGUGGAGUUUUGCGUGGAACCGGAAGGCAAGCUGCAGGUGCUGGCAUCAAUAUGAUUUCAUACUACGUCAUCGGUAUCCCCGUAGGCCUCGUGCUCACCUUCACCCGCAUCAAUCUAGGACUGGCGGGCCUCUGGUGGGGUUUGACAAUCGCGCUCUUGUUCGGCUCUGCCGGCAUGAUCUGGUUCAUCAGCAUCACCGAUUGGGACUGGGAGGUGAAAAAGGUGCAGUUGCGCAUGGCUGUCGACGAUCCUUCAGACUCCUCGCAUUCUGCUAGAGCUGCUCCAUCGGCGCAUGGGGCCAUCAAGUCGGACAUUGAGGCACUGACGGGGCCUCGACUUGCUCAAACGUCUUCUACCGUCGACGCAAUCAACAGUCGAGACCCGGCUCUCAGCCCUCACUGCUUGCGCCCAUCUUCUCUAGCAGGCUCGGCCAUCGAAGAGGAAGAAGGCCAAGUGUCAAUCUGA